AUUAGGGAGCCCACCAUGAAAUUACAACUUUGCCUUUGUCAUUGGGCCUCUAAUUAUGCAGAAUUGGGCCUCUACACAACAGCAAGACCCUGUCCAGAUCAUUUGUGGCCUUGCAACUUGCACUAUAGUGACAGAGUGAGUCACAGAGGCGGCUCUCUUCUUCUUCAUUCAGUGCUAGGAAAGCAUCCAUUGAAGAACAAACGCAAAAGGGAGAUGCAGAGAUUGAAAGAGUUAAUAAAAGUAAGGUUUUCAUUCAAUUCCAGAGCUGGGUUUCUCUCUACACAGAGAGGCUUUUCUGCUCUUCCAGAUUACUCCCAACAUGAAAAUCUCGAGGACCAGGUUUUGGUUGAAGGAAGAGCGAAAUCAAGAGCAGCCGUUCUCAACAGACCAUCUUCUCUCAACGCUCUUACUGCCCCCAUGGUGGCUCGGCUCAAGAGACUGUAUGAAUCAUGGGAAGAAAACCCAGAUAUUGGAUUUGUCCUAAUGAAGGGUAGUGGCAGGGCUUUCUGUUCGGGUGGAGAUAUGAUUUGGCUCAAUGAAUUAGUUAAUGAAGGGAGAGUUGAAGAGUGCAAAAGCUUUUUUCAGAUGUUAUAUAAGUUCGUCUACUUGCAGGGAACAUAUUUGAAGCCACAUGUGGCUAUCUUGGAUGGUAUCACAAUGGGAUGCGGAGCUGGAAUUUCACUUCCAGGAAUGUUUUCUGUAGUAACUGAUAAAACUAUUUUUGCUUACCCUGAGACCCAAAUGGGUUUCCAUCCUGAUGCAGGGGCUUCCUAUUAUCUCUCUCGCCUGCCUGGUUGCUUGGGGGAAUACUUAGCCCUAACAGGAGAUAAGCUUAAUGGUGUGGAAAUGAUUGCUUGUGGCCUCGCUACCCACUAUUCAUUAAAUGCGAGACUUGCUUUGAUUGAGGAACGCCUUGGUAGAUUGAUCACAGAUGAUCGUACUGUCAUAGAGACUUCUCUUGCGCAGUAUGGUGAUAUUGUCUUUCCAGACAAGACAAGCGUCCUUCAUAAGAUUGAGACAAUUGAUAAAUGUUUUGGUCAUGAUACAGUAGAGGAAAUUAUUGAUGCACUGGAAAAUGAGGCAGCUAGCUCUUAUGAGAACUGGUGUAAAACAGCACUCAGAAAAAUAAAAGAAGCCUCCCCACUAAGCUUAAAAAUUGCCUUGCGAUCUAUACGAGAAGGUAGAUUUCAAUCGCUGGAUCAAUGUCUAGCUCGUGAAUAUCGAGUAUCCCUCACUGGAAUCUCGAAAACAGUCUCUACUGACUUGUUUGAGGGUACCCGGGCUCGGUUAUUGGAUAAGGAUUUUGCUCCAAAGUGGAACCCUCCAAGUUUAGGAGAAGUAAGUGAAGACAUGGUAGAUUGCUAUUUCUCCCCUCCUGGUGAGGUUGAACCUGAGCUGGAGCUGCCCACAGCAAUACGGGAACCUUACAUCUGAGUGGAUCCCAGUCUAGAGGGGUAAUAGCAAAUGCUACUCCGCGCUGAUGAAUUGUUUCCAACAUAAUUUGUUCUAAAAGGCAAUUGUACCAUUGUUUCUUAUUCUUUGGCAUGAUUUUUGUUUUUUUGAGAGCUUGCACUUGUCUGAAAUUUUGAUAGAAUGUUGGUAUUUCAUGCAUUUAUAUUCCAAAGUUCCAUAAUUUGGGUCAA